AUGACCUCUAACCUCCGUUGGUUUCAUUGUUCGCCCGAGCUGAUUAUUGCCGUGUGGCAAACAGUCAGACGUCACGCAUUUUGGGCCCCGGCUACAAUCAGUGGUAUAGGUUACCUCGACCCCAAUGAUAGAGUUAUCGCCACGCCUGAACCAGAAGCUUCUAUCACAGACCGACAUGCCCAACGUGAAGAAUAUGUCAAAUUCCUUGACAUUGAUGGACACUGGUCUUUCAUCCUUCAUGCCGGCUGCUGGGAUAUCAUUCUCCAAAGCACACCGCGAAAGGAAUCGAACGUUACAAGAAUUUGUACUACCUUACACGCUAUACUCUACUGUUCCGUGUGGAAAGGUACUUGGAUUGAAGACUCGGAGCAUGGCUCUGAGGGCGCAGCCCACUUUCAGCGACAAUUUGACAGCCCCGUGGCGGAUAUUAUCCGCAGUCAACAUGCUUAUCUCUUGGUUAACCCCUCUCACUUACUUAGUGUGGAAAGCUUGUUCCUUCCAGGGCGCGAACAUGAUAGGUUCCCUUGUACUAUCAGUGUCCCCAGCACCAUUGGUGCCGACAGUGAUAGGUUUUCCACUCUCCCAACUGAAAUGAUACAUCAUAUUGCCAGCUACCUAUCCUCAAAAUCAGUGGGAGACCUGAGAUUGGCCUCUCCUUGGGUAGCUGCCAAAACUUGUGUCAUGUCCCUGCCACAAGGCUUUUGGUGGAGCCGCUUUUGCCCCGGUUUUGAGAUGAACUUUGCGUUGCCAAUACUGACUGGACCAGUGUCAAAUUGGCGUCGAGCUUACUUCGCAAUCAAAGCGGCACUGCAUCUUCCGGAAAAUUGGGGCCUCAAAAAUCGUCGUCGGAUAUGGAAUCUUAUCUCCAAACAUGCAGGUUUGCUCCAGCAUCACACUGUUGAAAGUGGAAUUCUUGUCCGUGGUGCCUUCUAUCCUGGCGAUUCAAAUACUCUACCGCGUGUGCAGCGGCAUUCAACAAAAUUCAUUACAACGGAAGAGAAGACUGAUCAAUAUACUUAUAACCUUCUAGUAUCUGGAGGCAGAACCAUACGUGAGAUGGAAUUAGCGUUACCCACUGGGAACGGACAGAUCGACCGAGCAGAGGUUUUUCUGGUAACCUUUGGUUCCCGAGAAUACAUAGCCGGCCUGCGUUUCACACUCACAGACACUUAUACUGGUCAGGAGCAAACGCGCCUUCUUGGUUAUACCGGUCAGAAGAAGCAGCCUUUUGUCAUGUUUCCUUCAUCGCAAGACGUUGUAGGUUUUGGCGUGGCAAUAUGUGCAGGAGGCAUUGUCGGCUUGAGAUUACUCUUGAGGCGCGGCACGCUCACUUGCUGGACAAGAUGGAUUGGGAACACAGAAUCCAAGGAGGCGCAUAUUUCAUACGCACAUUUGGUUCCGGAGAGGCCUGUCGAAGAACUUCAUGUUCUAGCAGCCUUUGACGCAUUCAAAAUGGUCGGAAUGGGAAUCGACGACAGCCCAUCCUGUUCUCCACCUAGCCAGCCACCGCAGCUCGAGACAAUAUGGACACCAUGUCCCCCACGAGCUGGACCGCGCUUAUUGCCUGGGCUUCAGGCUCUUUCUUCCCAAGUUUUUAAUCGUUUCCUGAACAUUGAAUUUGGCGGUUUAAGCUUCUACUUUGUUGGACUGGAACCAUUGCACUUCGGCCGUCAAGGAAUGAUAGAAAUGUCAUUCCUCAUCGAUGGACCCAAAGGAGAGAGAAUACAGGGCGUUGCAUACGACCGAAGAUCGGACGUUGUCGUCGCACUUAGGAUGCUCACUAACUUUGGAGGCGACAUAACAUUCGUAGCUAAUCGACUCAUCGGUCCGUACAGUGCGGACUGCCCCCAUCCAGACGAUCCGGACUGGCAAGACAAGCUUGACCAUAUGAGUAAUGUAAUAAGGGCACCUAGAGGAGAAGUUAUUGUUGGCUUCACUUCUGUUCUUGAAGACGCCGGUGAUUCGUUCCAGACAUUCGGAUUACAAUGUGAAACGGCGAAUGCCGUAGAAUUGCAUCAGCCACAACUUUUGGGGACCGACAAGCAUCAGAUGCCAAAGCUUGAGGGGAAGAGAAUAGACGACAUAAGUGAUUAUGUCGAACGCCGAUGUUGUGACUACACUACUGCCUCCCUAGAUGGCAUCGUCAGAUUACGAUUUUCCUGUGGACAAGACGGUCGUCCCAGACGGUCAGAUGAGAUCUCUGGCUUAUGGCUAGAAUAUAGUGCCGCUCGUCCCGUUAUUCUGGGGCAGUGGAUCACUGAGGUUGGUACAAUUACUUUGCCGGAAAAUGAGCCGAUAACGGAAAUUCGACUUUGGCUUAGGGGAGCUACAAGAUUUUUCAAUUACUCACGGCCCGUUGGUCGUGUGAUGCAAAUUGGAAUAUCGACUCAUACUCAAUCUUUCGUGUGGCCACCGACUCGGCCCUCUGACGAGGGUGGAAUAGUCUGCUUGACCUUCCAGAGCAGUUACUUGGAGAAGUUGUCCUUGCUUAUGUGGGUAAUGAUUGAUACCUGGGAUUUAAUCUUUCCCAUUAUGGCCCCUUUAUCGCGAGCCCGUCAUUUGACGUGUUGGAGCGGCGGCUUGUUCAGAGAAACAAAAUACCCAUGGGAGGAACCUCACAAGGUACUAUGGACACUCGGAAACGGCACCGACCGGUUAAUUUCAAUUACCCCAUUUCAAACCCACUCGAUGUGGAAAGGAAUCUCAGGAUUGAGGUUCACUUACGAGUCUGGGCGAAUUAUUGAUGCCGGCACUGCCACCACCAGUGAUCCUACGUUACCCGGAAUCACGUUUGAAAAGGAAGACCGCCUUUGCAAGGCUGUUAUCCGUAAAGGCAACGAAGAUUUCGUCGGCAUAUAUUUCUCCUUCAAAAGCUCGAUAACUGGUCAAGUCACUACACGAUCCUUCGAUAAUUAUAAGAACUUUGAGGAUCUAGUAAACGAUGGCGAGAUUUCUCGGUACGUUAUUGAUAUUGACCAGAGACACUACAACUUCGACGAUGGAUGGAAAACGCUUCAUACACUACCUUCGCAGAUUCCAGAUGGUGAAAUAGUAGGUCUUUGCGUUUCCGAUGUUGGAAGGGAUUUGAAUAUAGGGCCAGUUUUGCUGCAGGAGAAUUCCGUUUGA